CAGAAACUGUGUUACAACAUUCCCACGGCCAGGCUGCUUCCAAAACAUGUUGGCUUACGUGAUUCAUCCGCAAAAUACCAAAAAUCGUUCGUGUAUUUGCGCAGGUUGUACCUUAUGGUAUGAAAGCGUGCGACUUGUCAAUGACUUGUCAGUAUUGGCAACUUAAACUAAACCCGUUGUCAACGCAAAUUGACAUCUCUUGUCUAAUGACCAAUCAAAUGCCUGCGUUGCUGGUACAAAGUGCUCCGUGAACGCAAACUGCAGUGACGUUAUUACAGUCCCUCUAUUUUUCUCGCCCACCUCCCCCUAGAGCUAUAAUCCCCGAUGCCCGCCCCCUCGGUACAUUUGAAAACCAAGAUGGCCAUCAUUAAAAGACGCGCUAUAUCUCAAUGAUCUCAUGAAAAAAUAGGGGAACUGUGAACAGUCUACUGGUAAAAAAACAGCCUUCUUAACUGCCAAUUAACAAGUUGUAACAGGGCUGUGACGCAUGAAACCUGUACCAAUGCUGUUAAUGGCAUGCCAGUGUAAAAACAGCCUUGCUAACUGUGGCAAUUCACGAGCUGUGGCAGGGAUGUCCAUCACAGGGUGCAAACAAGGUUGUAAUAUGGAUGUUACGGCGUGUCUACUAAGAAAUUCUGAGUUAAACAUGAUAGGGCUGUUCCAAGGCUGCUACAGUGGAGAAACAGCCUUGCUAACUGCGCCAAAUGACGAGCUGUAA